AUGGAGUACGUGACGGCGAAAACAUCGGUGUGGUGGGAUAUUGAGAACUGCGAGGUACCCAGAGGUUGGGAUUCAUACGCGAUUGCGCAGAAUGUGAGUUCGGCUUUGCUGAAGAUGAAAUACUGUGGACCUGUCUCAAUCACUGCUUAUGGGGACACCACUCUGAUCCCUCACCAUGUUCAACAAGCGCUUUCUUCUACUGGUGUUGGCCUUAAUCACGUUCCUGCAGGAGUGAAAGAUGCGAGCGAUAAGAAGAUUCUAGUGGAUAUGUUGUUGUGGGCAAUAGACAACCCUGCGCCAGCGAAUUUCAUGCUCAUCUCCGGUGACAGAGACUUCUCGUAUGCUCUUCACCAGCUGCGUAUGAGGAGGUACAACAUUCUUUUGGCUCAGCCUCCACAAGCCUCAGUGCCGCUUGUCGCUGCUGCCAAAAAUGUAUGGCUAUGGACAAGCCUAGCAUCGGGAGGCCCUCCUCUUACAAGUGGCGAAUCCUCCCGACUCCUCAACAAUGGACGUUGUCAUGUCUCUGAUUAUGAAGUGUCCAAACAUCAAGUUUCUGAACAAGCUCAGUCCAGCAAACCAAAAGAUUCAACUUCUGACGCUGUAGAUACUAAGGAUCACAAAGACAGAGAAAACCACGUUCCGAGAGGACCACCUCCUCAAGAGACGAGAAGAAAUAAGCUUCAGAAUGGUAGAGGAGCCGCAUGUGAAUCUGUUACUCCCUGCAGAAUAUCCAAUGUUGUCGGCGAUAGCUUCGCACACCUCCCAGAUAAAAGGCCUGUAUCUCAGGCUGCCUUUGUAGACAGUCACAGAGCUCAAGCGAGCGUUUCAGCCAAACCCGUACAGGAAGUUUGCCAGAUCAUCUGCAGCAACAAGGAUACAUAUAAAAAGCACACCUAUGGAAAAAGACACCAAAAAAACUUGGAAUUGCAAUCAGGCAAGUCCAAAAACGUUUCGGUGGGACCAGUUGUGCUUCCUAAGGACGUCAUGGAGAAACAGAAGCAGAAGGCACUCAUAGAUACUAAGAAGUGGCAAGAGAAAGGUGUCAGCCAAAAUGAUCAACCAAAAGAAACAAUUGUCAGUCAAAAGGAACAACCAAAAGAAACAAUUGUCAGUCAAAAUGAUCAACCAAAAGAAACUAUUGUCAGUCAAAAGGAACAAACAAAAGAAACAAUUGCAGAGCCUAAAGCAACCGCUGAGCACUUGGAUCAGGCACUCAUUGAUUCUAAGAAGCUUCAAGAAAAAGGUGUCGGAGAAAAGGAUCAAACAAGAGAAACAAUUGCAGAGCCUAAACCCAAAGCUGAGCACGUUUGUCGUUUGUGCAAUGUCCCAUGCCAUAGUCAAAUAGAUUUUGAUUCUCAUCUAAGGGGUAAAAAACAUACUGCCAUGCUGAGUCAAUCAGAAGCCCUCGUUGAUUCUAAAAAGCUUCAAGAGAAAGGUGUCGAACAAAAGAAUCAAUCAGGAGAAACAAUUGCAGAGCUUCAGUUGCAGUCUCAAAACGCCCAAGAAAAUAAAAAAAGCAGAGGUCCCAUGGUGAAAGCAGAGGUCCCAUGGUCAGCUAGAAGAAGAACUCUUUCAGAAAAGGACCAAGUCCUCAAGACUGUUAAAGGUAUUCUUUACACGAUGACUCCUGAGAAGUACGAUCUCCUAAAAGGUCAAUUAAUGGACUCUGGGAUCACUUCUGCAGAUAUCCUAAUGGGAGUGGUACAGCUGAUUUAUGAGAAGGCAGUACUAGAGCCCACAUUUUGUCAGAUGUAUGCUCUUUUGUGCUGUGACAUCGAUGGAAAGCUCCCUUCGUUCCCAUCAGAGGAAGCCGGUGGGAAAGAAAUAACAUUCAAAAGAUUGCUUUUGAAUUAUUGCCAAGAAGCAUUUGAAGGCGCUGACAAGUUGAAGGAAGAGGUCAAACUGAUGACUGCCCCAGAGCAAGAAAUGGAACGCAGGGACAAGGAAAGAAUGGUGAAGCUUCGAACAUUAGGAAAUAUCCGUUUAAUUGGUGAACUUCUGAAGCAGAAGAUGGUGCCCGAGAAGAUAGGUCAUCACAUCGUCCAAGGGCUUUUAGGACAUGACAAUAAAGCUUGUCCAGCAGAGGAAGAUGUAGAGGCUCUUUGUCAAUUUUUCAUCACAGUCGGAAAACAACUAGAUGAGAGCCCAAAUUCACGAGGUAUAAACGAUAUGUAUUUCCUUCGUUUGAAGGAACUAGCAAUGCACCCGAUGCUAGCACCACGCAUGAGGUUUAUGGUCCGUAAUGUUAUUGAUCUGCGAGCUAACAAUUGGGUACCAAUGCGUGAGGAGGUAGGAAUUUAUAGUGCCCGUUCUUGGGAUUCAAGGAGAACUCAACAAGUAUCUGACCUAGAAAAACCGAGAGAAGCAUUGGAAGAGGCAUUCAUUGUCAACUCAAGGAAGAUCCAAGAAAAAGAAACAACAGAGGAGCCCGAAAACGAGUGUGCAGGAGAGGCUGCCAAAAGGGAAGAAGAGAGUAAGGGCCAAGUUGAUAACUUUUGGACCCGCCUUUGGGGGAAAAAGAGGUAA